AUGCGUGAUUUUCCUCCAACGGCAACCACUUCCUCUAUCGACGUCUUCGUCGAACACGCCACGCUGGAAGAUGCCCCUGCUGUAGCCGACAUCUUCCUCAAGUCCUUCAACAGUGACUUCUUCCAGACGCUAUUCCCUCAGAACCAGUAUGGGCGCGACUACAUGACCGAGGCCAGUGAGCAGUUUAUGCUCUCUAAGCAGAACGGGAGCCAAGAGGGUCAGGUCUUUGUUGUCAGAAACGAACAGGGUAUGCCCGUGGCCGCUUCGCUCAUCUGGAUCAUCCGUCCCGAGGACAACGGAACUUGGUCGUGGCGGAAACGGUGGCCUGCAGCGAACGCCGGACAAAGAGAUGAUCUUCUCGACGAGUUCUUCACCGGCAUGGCGACUCAGCAUCACCGUAUCAUGAGCAAAGAGCCUCAUAUCUACUUUGAGCUGAUCAUGACGAACCCGGUCUAUCGCCGACGUGGGUACGGCCUUGCUCUCCUGCAAAAGGCGUCCGAGAUCGCGGACCAGAAACGGUAUCCGAUGUACCUUGAUGCCGAAGAGUACAUUGUCCAGUUGUACAGCCUGGCAGGCUAUGUCAUUAGGACGGAUCUCGGCCAGACUUCUGCGAUGAUUCCGAUGGUGCGACCUGCCAAGUCAUGA